UUUUGCUUCUUUGAAAGUAUUUCUUUGGUGUCAAAAGAAAUUUUUCUAAUUUUGUUUAGCUUUUACUCUAGGCCAAACGUUGUAACCACUCUGAUCUACCUGCUGUAAGGUGUAGAACCAAUUCAUAGUGGGACGGACGGGGGGUGUUGCUUUGAUAUUCACUGCCCCUCACCACAGUCCUAACAAGAUUUUUGAAACAUUAAAAGUUACAGUCGUUGGCUUUUUGAUUUUCCAGAUAUUCUAGAGAAUGCAUAUGCUUGUGACUGACUGUGGCUGGGCUCAACUGUAUGGGUAGUUUAAAUACUACCCAAGGUUUGAUGAAGUAAAUCUAAAGACUAAGUUGUGCAAAUCUGAACUUUAAAGUUGUCUAGUUCAGAAAUGAAACAGAACCAAAAUUCUAAAUGAUGUAGAUUUCAAUCUGGAACUUCUAGCUUGUGUUUUUCACCUCUUGCCAAUGCUAAUGUCCAUUUCCCAAAAGUGCUCUGUGAUGUAUAACAUGUAGUUUUUAAUUAAAUUAAAUUUUUCUUCUGAGGUGGUUUGAUUUGGAGAUAUGCUGUGAGGUACCAGUCAGUAGCCUGAGUUGUAACUAAACAAAGUUUGGGAAAUCACCGGUUUUAGGUGCUUUACUAAAUGAAAGUUACCAUUGAAGUAUUCAAGCAGGCAACAAGUAGUUGGUGAUCCCUUACUGGUUCUAAGCUGGUGCUGUGGAGGAUAUAAGAAAAAUAUUUUUAAAAUCUCUACUUCGAAGGGCCGUAUAAUCUAGUAGUCGUGAUAAGAAGUAAAAUUUAGGAAGCAGUGCAAGAUGAGAAUUCAGUGAUGAGUGGGGAGCACAGGCUUGAAGAGUUCUGUGAAUUCUGUGGAGGUGGUCUGGGGGCAAACUGGAGUUGUCGGGAAGAUCUGGGCUUUGAAAGGAUGCGAAGUGUUGGUAGAAGAAGAAGGGGAAGGUGAUUUCAGACUAGGAGGACCUUGUGGGCAAAGGCACAAAGGCGAGGCUGACGUGGAGAUGAUAAGGCCAGUUGAAGAGACACUGGAGAAGAGAAGAUAGUUUGUUUUACACAUUGCAGGAAAUCAGAUUAGACGGUUAGGGUGUGGACGCAAAAGGGAGGACCUUGCAGGCACUGGGGAGAAGUGACCCCAUUCAAUAGUCACUGGUCUCCCUCUGCCCUGGGCUGCGCCUCCUCGGCUCUCAUGGCACUAGCAGAAUUCCACGUGAGAGGAAGCUUGUCGAGUGUGGCCUCUUCCCACUGGGGCUGCUUUCUGCAUCUGUACACCUGACUGUGGGCCUCCAUUUGCCCUCUACUGUCUUCCCUUGGGACAUCAUUUACGCAGAGAAAGGUUCGUGUGGCUCAGGGUACAGGUAAGACCUCCACCUCUGGUUUCUACAUUUUAAGGAGGCCUUUCAAUUAUCCGGGAAUUAAAGUGGUCUUCCUCUUGGGAGGACGAGUUGGUUGAUGAAUGAUAAGCAAGUCUCUAUUCCUCAAAAGCCAGUCCCCAAAUUCCAUGAAAUACGUGUUACUUUCUUUGCAUGUCUAAAUGAGAUGGCACGGGUAUGCUUCUGUUCUUUUUCUGGAUGUUGUUUAGAGAGUCAGUAGAUCGUAAUAAUUCAGACACCAUUUUUCUGGACCAUAAAAUAUCUGAACCCAUUUAAUAACAAACAUACAGCAUGGUGAAUAAGAACCCAACUUUUGAACCGGAUCGCUUUGCAUUGAAUCCCCAUUCCAUCAUUUCUGGGCUGUGGGAACCUUAGACAAGUUACUUCACUUCUUCAGUGCUCAGAGUUUUUAAAAAAAUUCACAAAAUAACUCAAAUAACACUAAUAAUAACUGAAAAUACCUACCUCAGAGAGUUGUAGCAGAGAUCAAAUGAGAUAAAAACAUGUAAAGCAUGUAGCCUAGUGCCUAAUUAAAAAAAAAUCUCUCAAUAGAUACAACGCUUAUGAUUCUUCUUAAGGACUUGGCUAUUGACAUAAAUGAAGGUGUUAUGAGCCCUGGCUUAAGAGCAAGAAGCCUGCAAAUCCCAACGUUCUCCUAAUCCCAACAUUCCUUUCCAGGGAAAGUGGGGGGUGACAGGUGGAGACUGGGAAUUAACAUUUUUUGAGCACCAAAUAUGGACAAGGCACAGGGUUGGAUGUUUUUCUAGUGGGAAUACAUAUGAAGAAAGGAAAACAAGCUUGGAAACUGCUAUUUUAAGCCUUUCUGUAACAGUUUCUCUAGCUUAUGAGAGAGGUCCUCUGAGUAGCUGCUGCAUUACUUGUGGGCCUCCUUGUUUGAUGUUGCUCUCUGAAUGCUUGGGUGGAAUUCUAGAGGUGAUUUUCAUUAGAGGCAGAGAGCACGACCUUUCUUCCUUGCCCAGUUUAAAUUAAAUUAUUCUAUCUUACAAUGUGUUAAUUUUGGUGCUAACAAAGCACAACUAAAAUUCCAUUUCUACUUACGAGUGGGGAUCGUUGUGGCAUUAAGUGCUUAUUUGGGUUCAGGAUGCUUGGAUCUAGGUGAAAGCCAAGAUUAAAAAGCAUCCUGCUUCCCCAUUCCACUCUCUAGGUUAUAAAUAUUUUUUGGAUUAAAAGCCUCCUAUAAAAAAUGGAAAUCCACCUGGUGUGUUAAUUGUGCAGGGGAUUCCUAAUUAUGUGCGCAGAUGACUUGAGUCAAACGGUGGUAGUGUUCCUUCUAGAGUCCCACUGGUGUCCUAAGGGAGGAGACUCUGGAGCUUUGUGUAUGAAAAGGGAUGGGCACAAGUCAGGAUGGGGUGCACAGGUGGAGGCUGGGAGGCAGCAUGACAGAGUGGGGGGCUGGGGUGGGCACUGAGAGCAAGGAGGGUGUCAGAGAUGGAAAGGAUGACCCAGGGGGGUGGUAGGGUGCCUGAAACUUAGGGCUCCUCCGUGGCUCUGUAGCCGUUUGACUCUAGCAACUGCUUGAAUGCCCUGAACAACCUUUUGACGACUUGCACAAGAAGUUCUCAUGCUGUUGCCGGGAUGUGGACAGUUGUUCAGCGAUAAUGAUCAUGUGUCUGCUGUUUCAGUGUGGAAUAGUGGUUUCUAAAGCUGGCUGGACAGCAAAACCACUUGGGGAGCUUUUAAGAAACUGAAAUUCCAUGUCUCAUAUCCCACCCCUCAUGUGAGAUCCGGGAAUCUGUGUGAUUAAAAAAUGCAAGCCCUAAAACAACUUGGAAAGUGGUCGUUUUACAGGUGGGGAUUUAGGAACCAGGAAUCCAGAACUCUCCUACCAGGGCCCCAGAAGCUGUAAGUUGAACAGUGCUGAAAUGAGGCAAAUUGAUCUAUUCUCUAUUGUGAUUAAUAUUUUUACACGGAAAGUAUUUUCCUUUGUUUUGAAUUUAUUCCUUGAGAUGAGUUACUGGGAGUGGGGUGACUGGGUCAAAGGUGUGAGGAUGUUUAGCUCAGUCAUACCUACCUUUUAACAUGCAAACAUAGGGCGCCACUAAUUUAAAAACCAAAGUGUUGUAUACAUCUAGAAGCUACAUAUUAUUCCGGGGCAGUCCAAAGAGGGGAAGCUGCUUUCAAGCAAGAAAGUGCCAAAUCACAUUCUUUUCUGGUAAAAUAGAAUGCUAAUGAAUUGCUUUUGGAAGAAAUUUCCAGAGCAUUGCUAAAUGUUCAAGUGUUUCUUAGAGCAUAAGUUGAACCUUUCUUAUCUCUGCACUCAGUUUCUCGUAAGACAGAAGUCACAGUGACCUCUUCCUCAUUUCGUAGAAAAGAAAACCAAGGAAGAGAGUGGUUAAGAAACAGAAGAUACGGGUCUCAUCACAUUUGCCUGAGAACUACAUACAGUCAUCCAUUCAGUGCCUCGUUAAGUAAACAAAUGAUCGAAUCGUUUGUAUACAUGAUCUCACGGAAAAAACACCGUAAAAUGAAUGCUUGAGGUUUCCAAGGUGGCUAGAUCCAUCAGAAGCUGAAGCCGUGGAGAACGCUCUCAGGGGCCUUUGCCACUUCUUGGAGUAGAAGCCGACAGAGACCUUUUGGAAACGUCUCCUUCACACACCAGUUGAAGACUAGGCUUUGGAGGUUUUCAAAGUAGACGGUGCUUGGAUGGGCGGCGAGAAGUAACAUUCUGCAAAUCGCCGGCAGAGGUCCUGAGGACACAGACCUACCUGGCUUGCCUUCCCCUUGCUGAAUGGCGUGUGCUGCAGCCGCCCACUGAGGGCUCUUUUCCCUGGGAUUCUGGACUUGCGAGUAGGACAGCAGGCUGGGAAGAUGCUGAGUUCCAUCAAGUGCGUGUUGGUGGGCGACUCUGCUGUGGGGAAAACCUCUCUGUUGGUGCGCUUCACCUCUGAGACCUUCCCGGAGGCCUACAAGCCCACAGUGUAUGAGAACACGGGGGUGGACGUCUUCAUGGAUGGCAUCCAGAUCAGCCUGGGCCUCUGGGACACAGCCGGCAAUGACGCCUUCAGAAGCAUCCGGCCCCUGUCCUACCAGCAGGCAGACGUGGUGCUGAUGUGCUACUCUGUGGCCAACCAUAACUCAUUCCUGAACUUGAAGAACAAGUGGAUUGGUGAAAUCAGGAGCAACUUGCCCUGUACCCCUGUGCUGGUGGUGGCCACCCAGACUGACCAGCGGGAGAUGGGGCCCCACAGGGCCUCCUGCAUCAAUGCCAUGGAAGGGAAGAAACUGGCCCAGGAUGUCAGAGCCAAGGGUUACCUGGAGUGCUCAGCCCUUAGCAACCGGGGGGUACAGCAGGUGUUUGAGUGCGCAGUCCGAACUGCCGUCAACCAGGCCAGGAGACGAAACAGAAGGAGACUCUUCUCCAUCAAUGAGUGCAAGAUCUUCUAAACCCCAAGAGACUUCACACAACACUUAUGUAUGCGCCCCAAAGACUAAUGGGGAGAGGGAGGGCCGGGAAGCCAGGAAAGCUUGGUGUUUUCUCUGGGUACUCCCCAAGCAGUGUCUCCUUUCGGAUACAGUUAUUGAUGAGGCUUGGCCACUGGAUGUUUUCACUAACUACACUCUACAAGUGAACUCCUUGCCCGGGCCGGUCAGAAAAUCCCUUGGGGAACUGUAAUGACUAUUCCAUUUUUGAUUAAAAUAGUGAAAUAGUCUCCACAAUUUUGGACGAUGAAGUGAGUUUUUCAAAGAAUUCCAUAUUUAAAGACACAUUUUAUUUAACUAAUAACAAAAUGGAUUGCUUUUGUAUAUAUUUAGUUUUCACACUUGGAAAAUCUUUCCCUACAUCCUCGAAAACAUAAACUCCUGUGUGAGUGAAAUGCCUGUACGGAGCUCUGCCAUAUGUUUGUAGUGUUAUCAUUUUCACCUCAAGUAGAAAGUCUGCUGAAACCACUUGGCUGCUGGAUUUAAAUGGGUAAUCAAAUUUAAAAAUGACCAUAAAUCAAUCUUUGCAAUUUAUUUGCUACCUACGUGUUAUUCAGAGUUGGAUAUAAAAUACAGUUCCAUAGGAUAUCCUAA